GGCGAGGAGUCAUCCGGCGAGGCCUCAUCCGGCAUGGGAGGAUCUGACGAGGAUAGUAUUCCUCCGCCUACUGUUGAUGCUGAUGUCCUGCCGCCAGAGCAGGGGGAGCAGGGGGCACAGGGUGGCGAGGAGGACCUGAUCCAGAGGUUGCCGCCGUUUCCGGAGGGGCCUGUUGAGCUGUCGCUCCUCACCCAUUAUGCUGAUCACAAGGCUCCCUGGGCGUGGCAUGCACUCCUACGCACAGACGAGCGGUAUGUGGACCGUCGACAGUUGAAGGUGGCCACAGCUGGGGGGAAGGUUUGGAACCUUGCUUGUGAUGGUGAUUCAGACAGUCACAGGCGGGUUCGAGAGUUGAUUGAGCAGACGGGUCUUCAUCAGCUACCCUAUUGCAGCUACCCGGUGACAGAUGCAGGCCUUAUUUUGGCCCUUGUGGAGCGAUGGCAUGAGGAGACUAGUAGCUUCCACAUGCCGUUCGGGGAGAUGACUAUCACCUUGGACGACGUGUCGGCUCUUCUCCAUCUCCCCAUGGGGUCGAGGUUCUAUACGCCUGGGAGGGGGGAGAGGGACGAGUGUGCAGCGCUCUGUGCUCAGUUGAUGGGAGGAUCUGUUGGUAUUUAUGAGGUUGAGUUUGAUACGAAUAGGUCCCAGACUAUUCGCUUUGGGGUCUUGCAGACCCUGUAUGAGGCUGCGUUGGCGGAGCACCGAGAUGAGGACGCUGCGCGGAUUUGGCUGGUGAACCAGCUAGGCGCCACGCUCUUUGCUAGCAAGAGCGGAGGCUACCAUACAACCGUCUACUGGAUAGGGAUGUUGGAGGAUCUUGGUCGAGUGUGCGAGUACGCGUGGGGCGCGAUUGCGCUCGCUACGCUAUACGACCAGCUUAGUCGAGCGUCCAGGAGGGGGACGGCCCAGAUGGGAGGUUUUAGCUCGCUCCUGCUAGGAUGGGUCUACGAGUACCUUUCUGACCGCGUCAUUAUCCGUAGGGCGGAUCCGGAGUACUCGUAGGACCAGCCUAGGGCGC